ACCCUGCAUUCACUAUAUCUGGUCUCCCAGGACCCAGCAUUAACUAUAUCUGGUCUCCCAGGACCCUGCAUUCACUAUAUCUGGUCUCCCAGGACCCUGCAUUCACUAUAUCUGGUCUCCCAGGACCCUGCAUUCACUAUAUCUGGUCUCCCAGGACCCUGCAUUCACUAUAACUGGUCUCCCAGGACCCGGCAUUCACUAUAUCUGGUCUACCCAGACCCUGUAUUUACUAUAUCUGGUCUCCCACUGUACACACAACAUGGAAAUGCAAUUAUUUUAGAAAAUAUAAACUGCUAAAUACUUUUUCUCAUCAGAAAUGAAAAAAAAAAAAAGCCCAUGAAGACU